ACGAAGGCGACGGCGAUGGCCUCGCCGAAGCUCGCCGCCGGCGACGGCAACUACGACUUCCACCUCCGGUCGCUUUCCACCGCAUCCAGGUACUCCGCUGCGGCCGCCGAUCCCGCCUCCGACCCCAACCUCCUCCAGUCCGUGAGGAUGGUGUUCGAGAAGUGCAAGGAGGCCAAGGGAGCGAACGACGAGAUGGUGGCGCGGGCCUUUCCGGUGAUGAGCAAGCUCUUCCAGCGCUGCGCUGCCGCGCCCACGCUGUCCACAGCCUCCACCGGCGUGCUCCUCCUAACAAUUCUGCAGUUCUUCCUGGAUUUUGGGGAGGCGGUGUUGCACGAUGCUGAUGGCAGCCUAAAAACUUUCUUCCGCUCUUGCUUAAGUAGGGAGUUCGCAGAUCCUAUUGUCGCAGAGCGGACACUUGAAUUCCUGAUAGUGAACAAGAUGAAGAUCCUGAGCUGUUUUCCCACCUUGGUUCCGCAGUUCUUCCCAUUGCUGCUGAAGUUAAUUGCAUCAAAUGGCGAGAGGGAGUUCGCAGAUCCUAUUGUCGCAGAGCGGACGCUUGAAUUCUUGAUAGUGAACAAGAUGAAGAUCCUGAGCUGUUUUCCCACCUUGGUUCCGCAGUUCUUCCCAUUGCUGCUGAAGUUAAUUGCAUCAAAUGGCGAGAGACUGGAUAAGAAGUUUUCAGAAGUGCUUCCAUUGAUGAUGUCGGCAGGAUCUUUUCUUCCCCUCUUCCUGUCCCUUAUGGAUCUGCCAAUGUUAGUGGUAGCAUUGGAAAAGGUGGAAAGAAGUUCCGGAACUCUCAUCGGUAGUAGUUUAGCUACUAUACAGAAGAGUGCUGCUCCUGAGAUGCUCCUUGCACUAAUGGAUGAGGCAUAUACUGGCUCUGCAAUAGAAGACCAAGGUGGCAAUUCAGGUUCUGAUGAUAGUGGUCCUCUAGACCUUGCUGACCCAAUGUUCCUUGACCUUCUAAAAGAUGAGAAUGAUGGCAUUGCUGCAAAACAUUGGACAUCCCCUACGAUAUCUUCCACCUUACAAGCGGCACUUAACAGCCCACAGUCAGACAGAUUAAAACAGUCACUGAAAAUGGCACCUCGCUUUCUUUCUGUGUAUUUUGCAACAGCAUUGCGGGACGUCAACAACUCACUCUUGUGUGCUCUGAUUCCAGUUGUCAUGUCAAGAUAUGCUGCAAUGUUCCCUGACAAGGAUUUCUCUUUCAAGGUGAGGAAAAGGCUUUCGGAUUUCUUAUUGUCUGCAUUCCAGCGCUCUCCUGACAUCAUUGCACUACUGAAGAAGCCUAUUACUGAUAGACUUGGGGAGGCCCAUGGUAAUCCUGCAAAGACAGAGUUAGCAUUGCAUUUGUGUUGGGCCAUUGGUGAGCAUGGAGCAGGAGGGAUAAACCACAAAGAUGUAGCGCGUGAAAUAUUUGAAAAUCUGGAGUUGCUCUUAUAUGAAAACUUGGCAACUAGUCGUUUGGGAUUAAGCCAGGAGCCAGGAUUUGAUUCUAUGGGUGCAACUUCUCGAAAGUCAUCCCAAGCUAGGCUCCUCUGCUUUGUGGUGACUGCCAUUGCGAAGCUAGCAACAUGCCAUAACGAGUUGCUUCCAAGAGCACGCGUAUCAUUGGCUAAGGUUGCUCGGUCCAGGACCUUAGACAGGAGAGUCUGGCAACGUGCCUGUGACUAUUUAGGGCUCAUGAAUGAACCAGCCAUUUGUUUAUCUGUACUGGGUCCAUCCACUGCCCAAGAAAAUGGUCCUGGUAUUGUCAACUGGAGCGAAGGAGGAACGAAGAUGGUAGCUCACAUUCCAUUUUACCUUUUAGCCGAACAAAAAGGUCCACCGUCUCAUGAUUUUUCAUAUGCGGACCUCCUCCCUGCAGAAUGAAAACACCUUCAUGAGUAGUAUGGAAUCAUGCAAUGAUUAUCUCGCAGAUGUCAUGUGCAGACAGAUCAUAUUGGUGAUCGUAGCCAAGUGCAGAUGACGUUUCUUUUAUUCAGUUAUUUUUUCAAUCUGGAAGCGCUGGCCCAGAUGAUUGAUGAGUUCCUGUAAUGUUCUAGUUUCUGGUAUCUGGAUUGUAUCCACCGUUGCAAUUCCCAGAGUAUGUACUAACGCUUGAGAUUGUACAUGGAAAUGAUUUGUCACGGUGUAUCACAUCCUGGAAGUGGAAGGGAAGCAGUGUUAUAAACUAA